GAGGGAAACCGUUGAAGCGCGUAAGGAUACGACGGAGCUGCCCGUCGCCAGCAGGUGCACAACGCAGGGGAAUCACAAACACGGGAGGGAUGAUAGCGUAGCAUAUGGUGUUUUCCCGUUUCGAAACGACAGAAGACUCGUCCGCCAAAAAAACCACAACCUUGUGCUUUACACUGGAGUAAUGCCACGGAUCUUGACUGUGUAAAAAUAGAGAACAGAAACGCACACAAAGUUAAGUGAGGUAACUAGCCUCUGAAUCGUUUGAGUCUCCCCCUUCACUCAUGAAGAAGUGAACGUUGCUUUGUUAAAGAAUCGUUGGACUUAAGACUGGACUCUGUUUCUUCAUUGUUAAGAGCACGUACUAUCUGCUGAUCUCCUUUCUCCAGAGUGACUGCGGUCACUGCAUACAGAAGCCAUUCACUCUUAACACCAACAAAAUGUCAGGUACUUACACACCAGCCCCUGGUGGGCCAUUCUCUGCUCUCACCCCAAGCAUGUGGCCCCAGGAUAUUUUGGCCAAGUACCAUCAAAAAGACUGCUUGGAACAGCCUGAACUCCAAUAUGAUGAGUUUGGCUUCAGAGUGGACACUGAAGGAGGUGGGGAGCCUAGAUCCUGGCUGGGCACUGAAGGCUCACCCCAGCGUGAAGACCCCCAGCAACGACUGCGCUGGCAAGCCCACCUGGAGUUCACCCACAAUCACACAGUGGGUGACCUGACCUGGGAGCUCAUCGAUCCUGUCCUUCCGCGCUCUGAGCGUCUGCGUUCCUUGGUGUUAGGGGGCAUACCUCACAGCAUGAGGCCACAGCUCUGGAUGCGGCUGUCUGGAGCACUGCAGAAGAAGAGGACCUCUGAGAUCUCCUACAGAGAAAUCAUUAAGAACAGCUCCAAUGAAGACUCCACCACAGCCAAACAGAUAGAGAAGGACCUGUUGCGGACUAUGCCAACCAAUGCCUGUUUCAGCAGUCUGACCAGUGUUGGAGUGCCAAGGCUGAGACGGGUACUGAGAGGCCUAGCCUGGCUCUACCCAGACAUCGGGUACUGUCAGGGCACCGGCAUGGUGGUCUCCUGUCUGCUGCUCUUUCUUGAGGAGGAGGAUGUACUGUGGAUGAUGUGUGCCCUUAUUGAAGACCUCCUUCCAGCAUCCUACUUCUCGUCCACUCUGCUGGGCGUCCAAACGGACCAGAGGGUUCUCCGCCAGCUCAUUGUACAGUACCUGCCUGCCCUCGACCGCCUUCUGCAAGAGCAUGACAUAGAGCUGUCGCUGAUCACACUCCAUUGGUUCCUGACAUCAUUUGCCAGCGUGGUGGACAUCCGUCUGCUCCUUAGGAUCUGGGAUCUCCUCUUCUACCAGGGCUCAUUGGUGCUCUUCCAGGUCACACUGGGAAUGCUCAAGAUCAAGGAGGAAGAGCUCGUAUCAUCAGAGAACUCCGCUUCCAUUUUUAAUACUCUGUCGGACUUACCAAGCCAGCUGAGGGAUGGGCCUGCCGUUCUUGGGGAAGCUAUGAGGCUAGCAGGGACACUGUCCCAGGAAACUCUGGAAGCCCACCGCCACAAGCACCUAGCCUAUAUCCUAAACGAACAGGCGCAGCUCAACAAUGGAAACAACACGACACUCAACACAAAUCUCAACAAGGUGUUGAGGAGACAGUCCCUGCGAAGGAAGUCCACCCUGAGCUCCCUGCUGUUUGGGGAGGAUGAGGCAGAGGCCCUAAAGUCUAAGAACAUUAAGCAGACAGAACUGGUGGCUGCCCUGCGAGAAGCCAUAGCCCGCACUGCAGAGCACUUCCACUGUUUGGACCCACAUAACUCCAGUACUGACCUGACUCCUGACUACUCCAUGGAGAGCCACCAGCGAGAUCAUGAAAACUUCCUUGUUGUGUCCCGCAACCGGCGGAGACGGGCAAAGGCUUUGCUGGACUUUGAGCGACACGAUGAUGAUGAACUGGGCUUCAGAAAGAAUGACAUCAUCACGAUCAUCUCACAGAAGGAUGAACACUGUUGGGUAGGAGAACUCAAUGGCCUCAGAGGCUGGUUUCCAGCAAAGUUUGUGGAGAUCCUAGAUGAAAGAAGCAAAGAGUACUCAUUAGCAGGUGAUGACUCUGUGACAGAGGCAGUGACAGACCUGGCCAGGGGCACACUGUGUCCAGCCCUAAAAGCCAUCUUUCAGCACGGUCUCAAGAAACCAUCUAUACUGGGAGGUCCCUGUCACCCUUGGUUAUUCAUAGAAGAGGCAGCCAGUAGAGAGGUAGAGAGGGACUUCAACUCUGUCUACUCAAGACUGGUGCUAUGUAAAACCUACAGGUUAGAUGAAGAUGGAAAAGUACUAACACCAGAGGAGCUGCUAUACAGAGCAGUGCAGUCAGUCAACAUGAGCCACGACUCAGCACAUGCUCAGAUGGAUGUCAAGUUUAGGUCUCUUGUCUGCGUGGGCCUCAAUGAGCAGGUGCUACACUUAUGGCUGGAGGUGUUGUGUUCCAGCAUGGCUGCUGUGGAGAAAUGGUAUCAUCCUUGGUCAUUCCUUCGCAGUCCUGGAUGGGUACAGAUCAAGUGUGAGCUCAGGGUCCUGUCAAAGUUUGCCUUCAGUCUCUCCCAGGAUUGUGAGCUACCUGACAAGAAAGAGGAGAAGGAGCAGAGACCAUUGAAAGAGGGAGUGCAGGACAUGUUGGUGAAACAUCACCUCUUCAGCUGGGACAUUGAUGGCUAGACACACAGCAAAAAAAACAGCUAAAUCCUACCCUGUCCUGUGUGUCUGUUCAUAUUGAAUCUCUCUUCACUCGUUUCUUACAGACGGUCAGUCAUAAAUUAGACACUCUUGUCUGCUACAGAAAGUGACUACUUCACAGACACUGUCCGUCACUUCACCUUUCAGUGUUGAACUAGUGUGAGAGCCUAAUGAUGAUGAUGAUCCUGAAACUCUCACGUCACCAUGAAGGUCAACUGGGUUGUAUGAGCUGAAGCAUGUGUGCAUUAAGGUGUGCAUAUUUUGUUUUUAUUCAGACCUGGUAUAGUAGGUUACAUAUCAUGUUUAAAACUAUAUAAACUUAUACAAGUAAAACAGUCCUCUAGUACAGAAUAGUCUGUACUCACUGGACUGGAACACUUACGUAUUUCUUAAGUACUGACUACACUGGGUCUUCAGCUAUUUAUGGCUGACUGUGUGUUUGGUGCAGGAGUGAGACAUACAGUCCAUUCUCUUUCUUUGGUUGUGUGUCUACGUUAAAUGCAGCCCCAGGUGAUCACAAACGCUGGGCCUAAAUUCCACAUUGCCCUGUAAAUUCUCAAAAGUUAAGACCAAAACAGAACAUCUAAACAUGGAGCUGUGAAGCUACAACUUAUUUUUGAGAGGAAUGCUACUUACCUCAAUAUCAUGAAUUCUCUAAAAUAUUUCAUUAAACACUAAUGUUGCAAACGCCAAGUAAAGCCUUUUCAAAUUGUGAUAGAAGACUAUGGGUAGUUGUGCUACCUUUAACAGUGGUAUAUUAUUAUAUAUAUAUUUAUAUCUAUAUAUAUCUAUAUAUAGAUAUAUAUAGAUAGAUAUGAGCUAAAGCAAUUCAACAGCUUCAGUUUCCGACCUGAUGUCCAGCUCUGAUUUAAAACUGCACAUACAUUAGAAAACAGGGAUUGCCUGUUAUUCAAACUGUGGACUAUUCUUGAUAGUGGUGGACUGUAAGUGGGGACUUGAGAGGGUUGAUGUGUUAACUGAACUGAAUUACUUUGAUUAUCUUGUGAUACACAGGACAUUAAUGUUUAUGUUCACUUGUUACAUUUUAGCUUGUCAAUUUUUGAAUACUAACUUCAUACAGUAGCAACAUAUCUGUUGUAUUAGUUAUUCUUGGCAAGCUAAUUAGAUCUUGCAUAUGUAAAGCUUGAAACUGUUGUGUAAUUUCAGUGAAGAUUUUUUUUUUUUACUUUCAUCAUUUUCUGUAACUUUUCCCAUGUGCAGAAAACACAACCUAGUUUCUAGUUUUACAUGAUUGUAGCCUGUGUAAAUCACAAUAUACUGGUUGUCAAAAAUCAGCAAUCGAAAUACAGAAGAAUAUUCUGAUGUCUGGUGUCAACUCAAGGAAAUCCAGCCAACAGUUCCCACUUUCCUCCUGUAACAUGUAGACCUGAUAAGCCUUACUGUACAUAAAAUGAGUUACAGUAUAUUUGAGAAAAAGAACAUGACAAAUAUUGAAAACCCAUCCCUUCUGCCAAAUUGAUGUUAAAAAAUAUUUUUUUCACAGAUUGCAGACACUUUUUUUAAUACAUAAUG